AUGCGGCCCCUGUGGCUCUGCUGGGCACUGUGGCUGCUGCCCCAGGCUGGGCACGGGGCAGCCCUGACCGGGGAGCACAUCCUGGACAGCCUGCUGCAGCAGCUGAACCUCAGCCAGGCGCCCGUCCUGGACAGAGCCGACGUGGAGGGCCUGGCCAUCCCUGCCCACGUGAGGGCCGAGUACCUGGCCCUGCUGCAGCCCAGCCGCAGGGACCGCUCCCGCGGGAAGAGGUUCAGCCUCAGCCAGCGCUUCCGAGAGGUGGUGGGCAAGUUCCUGCUGUCGGACGCCUCCACGCACCUGCUGGAGUUCAGCAUGGAGAAGCGGCUGCCGCCCAACAGCGAGCUGGUGCAGGCCGCGCUUCGGCUCUUCCAGGAGCCGGUCCCCAAGGCGGCGCUGCGCAGGCACGGGCUGUCCCCGCGCCAAGCCAGGGCGCGGGUCACUAUCGAGUGGCUGCGUGUCCGUGAGGACGGCUCCAACCGCACCUGCCUCAUCGACUCCAGGCUGGUGUCCCUCCAGAGUGGCUGGAAGAUCUUCGACGUGACCGAGGCCGUGACCUUCUGGCAGCAGCUAGGCCAGCCCCAGCAGCCGCUGCUGCUGGUGGUUACGGUGCACAGGGAGCACCUGGGCCCCAGGGCGUCCAGCGCGCACAAGCUGGUGCGCUUUGCCCCGCAGGGGGAGCCUGGCGGCGUGCAGGGCGAGCCGCAGCUGGAGCUGCAUACCCUGGACCUCAAGGAUUACGGAGCCCAGGGCGAUUGUGACCCUGAGGUGCCAGUGACUGAGGGCACCCGCUGCUGCCGCCGGGAGAUGUUCGUGGACCUGCAGGGGAUGAAGUGGGCCGAGAACUGGAUCCUGGAGCCCUCAGGCUUCAUGGCCUAUGAGUGUGUGGGCAGCUGCCGGCAGCUGCCAGAGCCCCUGUCUUUCAAGUGGCCGUUUCUGGGACCGCGGCGGUGCAUCGCCUCGGAGAUGGCCACAUUGCCCAUGAUCGUCAGCAUCAAGGAGGGAGACAGGAUCAGGACCCAGGUGGUCAACCUGCCCAACAUGAGGGUGCAGCAGUGCAGCUGUGCCUCGGACGGGGCACCUGUGCCCAGUAGGCUGGAGCCAUGGUCCCCCAGUGUAGCUCCUGAGGCCUCUGCCCAGACAGAGCCAUGGUCCCCCAGUGUAGCUCCUGAGGCCUCUGCCCAGACACGGCCAGAGCGGCAGUCUUAA